CCACCCGUCUGCCCGCGAAUCAAUCCUCCCACGCAGACGCUCUGCCGCGCCAGAUGUCCUCCCCAUGUCCAGCUCGCCUUCUCACGCCGAAAAUGCCGCACCUGCUGCGCUGCUGAUCGCCCACGCCCACGCCCACGCCCAGCCCCAUGUCCAGCGCCAGCCCGACGAACAGCCGCUCCCGCUGCACGACGCCGACGCCGACGCUGCUGCUGGUGACGCUCCCGACGCCGCAACCCCAACGGGCGAUACCAUGGGGGCCAACGCCUCUGCUAACAGCAGGGCAGAUGCCACACCCCCGGCCCCGGACAGCGAGGCCGCUGUCGCUGCUGCCAGGGAGGGCCUGAACUCAAACCUGGACCCAGACGGGGGCCGCAGCCAGAACCAGCCGGAUGGUAGCGGAGCAGACUCUCCCUCAUCUCGUCUCCCAGCUGCUCCUCCUACUGCCCCUAGCGCCGCAGCCCGCCAGCGCCAGCAGGGCCCUUCGCUGCUUUCACAGGCUCUGGCAUCUGCUCGAGGCAUCCUCCGCACAAACUCAUCCCCUGACAAGUCGACGAGGCCAGCGCCUGCUGCCAACCCGGCCUCUGCUACCCCGUCGGCCGCCGAUACGAGGCCUGCGCGAGAUGCAUCAGACUACAUCGACGUCGACGGUGCCCUGACGCGAGGCGAGCCGCAACCCGCCACAAUGGCUACGACGACGACUACCAUCACAGCUCCUACGAUCCCCAUUACCGCUUCUCUUCCAGUGCGAGACCGCGCCGGUCCUGCAUCGCCGUUCAAACCCGAAGUCUUAUCUCACGCCAACGACAUGCUCCUGGAACACCGCGAAUUCCUAGACCGAACUCGAGGCAAGACUCCCACAUCACUCGACCAUGACCCCACGCCUUCGACAACAUCGCAUCACGACCACCACUUCUCCCGCUCGUCGAGCCCCGAAGAUUCGGUGACACCGACCAAUGGUAGCUACUCUAGAGACGAAACCGAUUCACAAGGGUCACACCGCGAACAUCACAAAUUGACUGCCGUGCCAGAGAAGACGGAAAAGAUAUGGUCCAUUGGCUCUGGCGACGGGAGCGAAGAGGAUGGCCUGGUGGAGCAGUCGGUUGCCGAGGCCAUCGCCGGGGUGGAACACAAUGCACGCAGUCGCAAGUCCAGCUACAGCUUGCGCUUCUUCAAGGAGGGACUGCCCCCGGACGACAAGCCGCGGCGCAAGGAUACCAAAGCCUCGCAUCGCGACAAGCAUGUGCCGACUAUUGACGAGGAGCCCACGAAUAUAGCCGAGAAACAGUCACUGGAGCAGUGCAACAAAGCCGGCGGCAAGGCCACACAGGCAGAAGACACAAAGUUGCCGGCAAGACUAACAACUAGGACGCAGUCGUUCCCCGCGGCGGUGACUGACGAGCGGCCCAUUGUUGCAUCACCGCUCGAGGAAAAGAGCUUCGCUCUGCAGCAGAAGCAGCAAGCGGAACAAGGUGGCGAAAGAGGCUCGGCGCAGCAGUCAUCAUCCGCUCAUCAUAGCGAGCCAAAGCUGGAGCCACCGCUUCACCCUGAGGUGGGGCCGGCGACGGACCAAGACGCCGAGGUGGAGAAGCCGCGGCCGUCACAUGACUCCGAGGUCGGCGAGUCCCUGGCCGGCGCCGCUGCCGAAGCCGAGGCUAAUGCUGAUACAGAUGAGCCGGCAGUGACGCAGAGCAGCACCGACAAGGCCGAUGCCCGUGCCGAUGCGAAAACCAUUGACGCCGAAGCCUGUGCCAUCAGCGGCAAGGUCCAUGCUGACUCCGAUGCAGACACCGAAGGCGAUGGAGACGGCGAGGCAGACGAGUCUGGAGAAGAAAAGAUUUCGUCAGCCGUGUUCCAUCCCCACCAGGAGCUGGACGAUGGCCGCGCAAGCGUGAGUGAGGGCAGUGACAACGACGCGCUGCGGCGGCCGCGGUCGCGCUCGCAGACUAAGAGUCACCCGUGGCUGGUCAAGGCCGACGAGCCUGAGCCCGAGAUCCAGAGUAAGGAUGAGAGUCCGUAUCAGGUGUCGCGCGUUGCCUCCCGUGAGAGUCUUACCUCACGCCGGGCAGAGGCCCCGGCAGAGGCCUAUGCCCCGACCGAGCCUGCCGUGGACGAGAAUGAAUUGAAUCAAGCCACCCCUACUCCCAAGCCCCGAGCUGUGACCCAUCAUGAAGACCAUGUCCAUGAGCACCAGCAUCACGCGCGCCGACCGCUGCAGGCCAUUGAGCUCAUCCCCUAUAAGCACCAGGUCGGCGGCCACAACACGCUGUGGCGAUUCUCUCGCCGGGCCGUUUGUAAGCAGCUCAGCAAUCGAGAGAAUGAGUUUUACGAAACAAUUGAAAGAUAUCAUCGUGAUUUGCUGCCUUUUCUCCCUCGGUACAUCGGAGUGUUGAAUGUUACAUUCCAGAGGAAGCCUCGUAGAAAGAGCACCGUCAAGAAGGACGAAACGGCCGAUAAACGCCAGCUGGAGUCCAAUGGCAGCAACGAGGCUGGACAGACGACGGCUACCCCUUCGCGGGUCAUCAGCCAAUCGCUCUCCAGCUCCAACGUUCCCAUUCCCACCGUGACAUUCGACGACAACUGGCAUAUUCUUCCUCGCAACCUUCUCCAGCCGUCACCCGCUCUCGACUCGUCGCAUCGCCGUAGCGCGUCACUCAACAAGGCUUCGUCCGCGGCGCCCCUCUCGGCCAAACCGCCGGUGCGGCCUACCAUGGAGGAGCGUCCCAAUAGCUGGGGAGCAACGACUGUGAACAAGCGACUGCGCAACGAGGUGUUCAACGACGCGUUCUUGAAGCAGCCCAUCGAGGUCCAGAAACAUCGACGCCCCUAUCAGCGACCUGUUCCUUCGCCGACUCUGCAGCGACUGCUCCGUACAAGCAACUCGGACCCUAGCCUUGCUCAAGGGGCCAAGGCAGAGAGCGGGCAUCACGAGGCCAGCCCUCUAAAGCCAUUGACGCCACUUGUACAGCAGAAGAGCGACCCUGGGGCCCAAAGCGAUCAGCAACCAGCCGAGCAAAGAGAAGACCCAGUCGAGGUUAAGGACGUGACGGGUACUAGUGCUCCCGAACCGGAGACAUUGACAACCAACCCCGUGCUGGCCAAAAAGAAGCGCAGGUACUCUGGAAGCGGACUCAGACGCAAGCCACAAGAUGUGCGAGACUCAAGGGGAGAUCUCAAGUAUUUUGAGGAGGCGGAUGACGUGGGUUACAAGGACGAGCAAGGCAAUGGCGGCGACCGUGGCCAAGGAGACGCGCCAAAGACUACUGCUACCUCGGCCAACGACUUUCUUGAAAAGGUUGUCUCGGCUUCGACUUCCACCAAUGCGAAUACUACUACUGCCACCAACGCGAAUACUACUGCUGCCACCAAUGCGGCCGUCGCUUCGCAGGAGGAUAAAGCUACGGCAAUUCAACAGGCCCUGCAACAUCCGUCGGUCGAGUUUGCGCAGAUGCCGGUCCUCCGACCCAACAAUCCCAAGGAGGCAAAAACACAGCGCGACCGGGUGGAGUAUUUCUUACUACUGGAGGACCUCACUGCUGGUAUGAAGCGGCCUUGCAUGAUGGAUCUCAAGAUGGGAACCCGCCAAUAUGGCGUUGAAGCAUCCCCUAGCAAGCAGAGGUCUCAGCAAGAAAAGUGCCGGACAACGACUUCGUACGAGCUUGGGGUGCGCAUCUGUGGACUGCAGGUCUGGAACGCAAAGACGCAGACGUACGACUUUCAAGACAAGUAUUUUGGUCGAAAGGUCCAGGCCGGCAAAGAGUUCCAGGCGGCUCUCACCAAGUUCCUUUACAACGGCGUCGACUUGCAUUCGAUCCUUCACCACAUUCCUGUCAUUCUGCGGAAGCUCUCACAGCUGGAGCAGAUUGUGAGCGAGCUGAGAGGCUACCGCUUCUAUGCCGCGAGUUUGCUCAUGUUCUAUGAUGGCGAUGCGUCGGAUGAGGGCGGCGGCUACGAGACGGCCUACGACUCCAUGACGGACGCUGCGACGGAUACCGAAGAGACGGUCAGGAAGAAGCGGAACAAGCGUGAGAUCGACUUCAAGGUGGCCGACUUUGCCAACAGCCUCACGCCGCUGGACAAGGUGCAAGACAAGCCGUGCCCUCCACAGCAUCCCAAUCAGCCAGAUCCCGGCUUCCUCAAGGGGCUGCGCAGUCUGAGGAAGUAUUUCCUGCAGAUUCAGCGAGACACGAGAGCCGAACUCGGGCUUGACCCGCGCGGCUGGACCUCAUCUCAGGGCGGUGAUGCCACCUUGUCUUUCGACGACGAGGAAGAUGAAGGAAUGAUUAGCGUAUAA